GCCGGGACUCACGUGCUAUUUACCGCUGAGCGGACCCCCUCCUGAACGCUAACGUAUCUCAUGAGCAUCUUUUUAUCCCAUUUGCGUCUUUUACUACGGCCACUCGCUCAGGCUGUCGGGAUUCACAAUGGGUCGAGUGUCAGAGGUAUGGCGCGUCUUUCCCUUCUCACCUCGGUGGCUGGCUAUGAUAACAAGCACCCCAAUUGUCUGACCAGUCUUCCUUCCCAGUGGGUGUAUGGAGAUGAUGCCUGCUUUAUCUCGCGCACCAACACUUCUUAUGUCCUUGGUGUUGCUGAUGGUGUGGGAGGAUGGCGAGCCUAUGGUGUUGAUCCCGGUCGGUUCUCCAGAGCAGUUAUGAAAAACUGCGAACGACUUGUCAGUUCCGGUCGAUUUCGUCCCAACCAACCGGGGCUGCUCAUCGCACAAAGUUACGAAGAUGUUUUAACCUCCAAAGAACCAAUCCUCGGAAGUGCGACCCUGUGUGUGAUUUCGCUACAACGCAACGAACACCGCAUCUACACAGCUACUUUGGGCGAUAGUGGAUACCUGGUUGUACGCCGAGGGCGAAUCGUGGAACGGUCUGUGCACCAGAAACACACAUUCAAUACACCGUUUCAGCUAGCCUGCCCACCUCCAGUGCAGUCCCGGAAUUUCUAUCAGGAUCGUCCGACUCAGGCUGUACAAACUUCGAUGCUUGUGGAACCCGGUGACGUGUUGGUCGUCGGGACGGACGGGCUGUUCGACAAUUUAACCGAAACUGUCAUACUACAAGAAGUUGGUACCGUUAAACUCCUGGAUAUGAAUGCGUUGGAGAGCUUGCAUCAGUGCGCUCGCCGUCUUGUUGAACGGGCCCGUCAGGCAGCUUUUGUUCCAGAUUCCUCUUCUCCGUUCGCUAAUGAAGCACGGCGCUAUGGAAUUAAUGUUGCCGGUGGCAUUUCCGGGGAUAUCACCGUGAUCCUGGGGCUGGUGGUAAUCGAGGAUCAAUUUCCGACUCCUGGCUGUGACUUUCAAACCCAGGCACCUUAUAUCGAGAAAGCACAGUCCCACGUGGGAGAUCAGCGAACGCGAUCAGUGUUCAGUCGUUCCGCCGUUCGUCCUCUCCGCAUUAGGUCUCGCUCGUGUUCGGAACGUUAUCUCCACCCUUCAUCCGUCUAAGUGCUCUCUGCAUGCGCCUCAUUUCUUUCGGUCACCCCGGCAUGACCCAUUUUCGCGAACGUUGGCGUUUUCCUCACUGGAGAGCGUACAUUGUAUGUCGGAUGCGUAAUUUAAAGUGCAAAACUACAUCGCUCCGCUACAACAACUGGUGAUCGGUAUUUCUAGCCGGUGACUGAUGGUUCGUUUUAGCAACUACCUUCCGUCCAUUGAAGAUACGUCCAAUUGUACAGAUACUCUGGCCCGUGCGUUUCAUUCUCAGUACAUUCCUAGACUAACUUAUGUAGAUUAUUUUGAUUCGACUCACUUCCGCCUUCAAAAUAUACAGGUGCGCACCAAGUCUCUUUGUUUUUGUGCCCGUUAACCACAUGAAAAGUUUGACCUCUUAUUGGUUGUGAGUCUGUUCACCGAGCCUGGCAGUCGGAUUGCAAAUAUUUC